AUGCAUGAUACACCUUUUCAGCAUUCCCUUUACCCAAUGACAUGGUUAUUUUUUCGGGAAAACAGCUGUUUUGGGCAUGCUUUGACAGACUUUAUAGAAAUUAAUUCUGCCUCUAAUAAAGCAAACUUCAUCAAGUUUUAUACUUGGUUCAUUGUGGUGAAAAUUAGAUUCAUUUGUGGUCAAAGUUUCCUGCUUAGAGCUACAUUGACCAGGUUCGUCUAUGAAGAUGGUUGGUAUUAUGCAGCAUGCCCCACAUGCUUCAAGCAAAUGAGGCUAUUAUGCCUCAUGCCCCUCAUGCUCGAGCAAAUGAGGAGAAAGCCACAAAUGGCAGCCCAUCUCAUCCAAAAACAAAUGAACUGCUCAUCAACACAGGAGAGGCAUCAACAGCAAAUGAACCAACUAAUGACACAUCUGAAGAAGCGAGGUAGAGUAAUUGGUGCGAAGUAUAAGUAUAGGAUAUUUUGGUGAUAACUAACGACUUUUGUAAUUUAUACAUAAAGAACAGCUUUGGUUAGAUUAUGCAUUUUUUUGAAAAAAUGUAAAUACAACAGCUUC